CCAACUGGUACUUCUCCACCCAUACCAGGUAGCCAGGCAGUCCGACGAUGGCGACGUCCAAGGAACGGCAUUCGACGAAAGGAGUGUCAUCGGCUCAUCAUCGUGCACAUGAGGACGAAGACGACGAAGUGAGUAUCGGAAGCCUCAUGAAGAAGGGGAAGAAAUCCCAUGCGGCCAAGCUCGAAGACAGGUUGCGACAAGCACAUGCCGUUCAGUCGUCCCCACCUGUCACGGUCCAAUCGGCAUUGGACGUGAUUGAAUCCGCCCUAGGGACGUUGAAAAUCAAAUUGGAGGGCAAUACCAGCAGCAGCGUGCGAAAGUACCUCGUCAAAAUGGAAGAAGGGCUGCGUGGACUACAGUCGAAGACGAAAAAGGGCAAGAAGUCGGCAGUUUCCAAAGCCGACCAAGCGACCACGACCACGAACGACCCCCCAAAGACGUCGAAGGUCAUGGAACCAUCCCCUCCAUCUUCUUCCUCGCUCCCCGCUGUCGCCGUCGAGCACCCGUCUACUACCAUCGCCGCGCCGGCACCAUCUCAACCAGCAACAACCCACAUCGCAUUCGAGGACGACUACGUCCAGGACCUUUCCUCCAUCCCACUCGAUUCGUCGCUGCCUCCAGGUGUGAGUCUCCAGCUCGCGUUCACACCAGACGGCUUUUGCGACGGCAUCAAGUGGCCCGUGGUUGUGUUUAACUCGAUCGACAUCGCCAAAGCAUGGGGGAUGGACGUGACGAUGCUGCAGCUAUUGCAUCCAGGCUUCGAUUCAUCCACCGACCGCGUGCUGUUUUACUUUGCCCGCUUCAAUACGAUGCAGGACCUGAACCAGCUGGCGGUGCUGCCGCUGGACGAAGCCGCCGUGGCCCCGUGGACGUUGGACGCGUGCGCCGUCUCGUGUGAAGGCCUGUACCAGCUUGCGAUGCAGCAAGCCGCGCGAUUUGCCGCCGCGCUGUGUCCGUUGCAUGCCAUGGAAUGGCUCGCGCACUGCGCGAAUGCCUCCACGUCUUUUGAGUUUUCAACGCCCGAUGAAUUGGCCGCCAUCACCGCCGACUUGCAAGCAAAAGUGUCGCAUUACACGGAAAGCCAAGCGCUCUUGUACGCGUCGUGGCCGAUCCUGCAGGACUCGGAAGGCUGGUCCAUCGAGCCGAAUCCCAGCGGCGGCAGCUACGUGACGUACGUGAGCUCGGAUGGCACCCGGUUUCCGUCUAGGCUUGCCGCGCUUCGCUUUGCGCUGGCGGCGCCACUGGACGCCAUCCAUCAAAUCGUGUGGACGUACUUGCGGCAUGCGCAAUUGGGUCGACAACUCGCUGGCACGACCGUCGAGAGCUUGGGCCGCCAGUACGACUCGGUUCAAGCCGCUGUCCAAGCCUACUUUGGCGGUCUCUCUGCAUCGUCCCCUCGCGGGGCCAUGGCCGCCGCUGCCGCCGCCGCCAGCGACGUGUCUGAGAUACAGUUGCCUCCAUCUCCCGAGCAUACUCACUCGUCUAACGGGGUCAUGGAUCGCAUCUUGGCGGCGUUGAUGACGGCCGAAUACGGGUGGUUUGAACGAAGCGACAGCAUAGGACACAUGUAUUGCCAGCCGACGUACUCGACCGCGGCGAUGCCCGUGCUCGGCACGGAUUUCUUUCGAAGUGCCACCGACGUCGAGUUGUACUUGACGUCGUCGCAGCGAGACAUGUGGGAGCGCCUCUGCGCUACCGCCGCCACCGCCACUACGCACCAUGUUGUCAAGGCAGAAACAACAGCAGCAGCAGCUACGUCCAAGCAGAUGAAGCGGCCGUCGCUGCCACCCCCCCCCAAAGCCAAAAAGCACAAACCAAGCAAAAGGCUCAAGAAAUCGACAUUUCAACCGACCUUUGCCGACGUGUAUGCGUAUUUGGAGACCAAGGGAUGGUUUCACAGGCAGGAUUUGGAAGCCGGGCACAGCUACUACUACAAACCUCACACGGAUGUGGCAACUGCUGAGCACGGCAAGACCAUGUUUGCGUCGGCGGACGAGCUGGAAACGUACCUCAAGGCGUCGUCGGUUUGGUAUCGUGUGACGGAAUUGCUUGAGAAAGAGCACGACACGAUGGCGCUGCUCGACGCCGCCGACCAUGCCGCCCCGAAACCAGCCCCGAAACCCAAACCACCCGCGGCGAAGCCCAAGCCGCCGAAAAAAGGAACCCGGGUGUCGUCCAGGUCCAUGGUCGUAGCCGCGGCUGCCCCCGAGUUCAAGCCCACGUUUAGCAAAGUGUACUCGGAACUCCAAAAGGAGGGAUGGUUCCAUCGAAAUGGCCAAUUUGGGUGGAGCUACUACAAGCCUGGCACGAACGUCAAGCAAGCGCAGCUAGACGACGAUAUGUUUUCCAACGAAGUGCACUUGGAGCAGUACCUCAAGUCCAGUGGCGAGUGGCAGCGGGUGAUUGAUCAAAAGAACCAGCAGCUACAAGAACUGUAUGGGUAUUACCCGCCCUUGCCGUCCGUGGACAGCGGCGCCGCGCCGCCGCCGCCGUCCACUGUAUAAUGUACAAAGUGUUGGACAUGGAAAUGCUAUGGUCGAGGUAGUGUGUGUUAUGACCACGCUUCAACAAGAGGAAUGGGAAAGUCAUGGAGGACG